GCCAAGUUUAUGAAACAAUCGCCUGUGCAUGAUGUGGGUCUUUAAAUAUGUCUUAUUCGAGAAGAAGGAAGUCUUUCUCUUUAAAUACCGGGAACUGAACUAUCUAGUUUUCCUAAAAACCAUUAGCUUUUUGACUUUGACUCGGAAAAGGAGGUUGAAUGACUUUUGCUGAGUAAAGAACGAAUUAAAGUUUAGUGAGUCAUGGGAAUCAAGGGACUGAAGACUUUAAUUGAGAAAAAUGAAGAUUUUUUCCUGACAAGAUACGAGUUGCAGCAAACUGAGCUUGUCAUAGAUGGACCAAAUAUUUUACACUACCUGUUUCAAAAGAGCAAGGACUCAGAUUUUUUACACGGUGGCGACUACAACAAAUUUGCGUACGAUAUUCGUGAGUUUUUCAGGGUUCUUAAAAGAUGUGGAGUUCGACCAAUAGUUGUAAUGGAUGGUGGGCAUUCUGUAGAUGAUAGAAAGUUGAUAACAAGGAAACGCAGAGCAGAGGAACGUUUCCAACGACUGUAUAGUCAUUGUCAAAGAAUGUCAACUGGAAAUUUCUCAGAGAGAGGGAUGUCUCACUUUGUCUAUAAAAAUCUCCCCAUUCUAGGGUAUAACCUUUUUCUGGAUGUGGUGAGAGACAUGGACAUUGAAGUCAUUACAUGCCAAUUUGAGGCGGACAAAGAGAUAGCCAACAUUGCCAAUAAACAAAAUUGUCCAGUACUUUCCCAAGACUCCGACUUUUAUGCUGUACGCAUCGACAGGGGAUUUCUUCCUAUAGACCACCUGAAGAUAAAAAACAAAGGAAACGUGCCCGUUACCAGCUUCAUACCGUCAAAAUUAUAUCACGUGGACAAGUUCGCUUCCUUCUUUCCUGGAUUAGGCAUGGCUGUUUUCCCACUCCUUGCUGUUUUAUUUGGCAAUGAUUAUACAAACAAGGAGGAUUUUCAACCAUUUUUGAAUUCUAUUUCGGAUUCUUUGACAGGCCAAAGGGUUCAUUGCGAUUUACGUACAGCGAAUUGUGAACAGAAGAAAAUAAUACACUGGCUAGUUCACAUUCAGUCACCCUCUUUAGCAAAUGAUCAAAUGGCUGGAGCAGUCCAACAGGAAAGCCUAAGAGCAUUUCAAAUCGUAGUCGAUGCAUAUUCUCUUAAUAAACCAAGUCCACCAUGUUUGGUUCGUGUACCAGGAUGGUUUUUAGAAGAUCACAGAGAAUGCCUGAUUGCAAGCAUUUUUAUGACCAUCGUAACAUCACAAAGAAUAUUUCUCUCUUGUCAGCCUGAACACUUCGAAAGUCCUUCUUCUUAUGAAUGCUCAGAGCCUCUAAGACAACUUCUGUAUGGCAUUUUGCUGAAGGAUUGUGGAAAAACCACAGUAGAGGAGUAUGAUAGACACGCAAUACCGUCUUCUGAACACAGCGGUGAUAAUAUCGCAUGCAAAACAGUAACCGUAUGUAGGGAAGUUGGGUAUUUACCUGUCCCUGGAUUAGAUGAGAUUGGGACUAUGCGUGUUGAGGACAGGCAAAAAGUACUACAGUGUGCUUUGCAAAUGGAAAAUGCUUUUGAUGACUUCGAUCCAGAGAUGAGAAUUUUGCUCGGGAUGACGUCGUUUUGGUACAAGCACUCUACGCCCAACGUCUCCUCGAACCAUUUAUCAUCGCUGAUAGUUUGCUGGAUAAUGCUGAAGAUCGAAUACAAACAUCAGAAUCCACAUCUACCACCAAAAGAAAGCAUCAUUGACAAAACUGUGUAUGAAUCACCUCAUGGGAUAUUGAAAAGAAUUUUGAAGAAUUUGAAUCCAUUCUGCAACCCUUCGCCAUGUGAAAUCAGAUUUGACAUAGUUCACGCAUUUGCACAAUUUCAGACAUGCCUCAUUUCUGCGCAUGAUUUAAAUUCAAUUUUGCGAUUUCCAUUCCCAAGUUUUGAUAUGCAGAACUUAUUCUUUGGCAAAUUUCUGCAUUACUUUUGCAUAACCCUUGAAAAGGAACCCCAUAUAGAUGUUUCCGAACUCCUGGAAGCAGACAGUGCACUGUCUAAUUUGUAUGAACGCAUCAUACAAAAUUUUUAGGACACACUCUUCUUUGAAAUAAAACCAAAAAGGUAAUCUCAUAUCGUAAAUUGGAUCGCAACUUAAAGAUUUUACAAUUCAAAGGUAAAAGAGGAAUUGAGCAGUUCUGUUAUUAUAUGGCAUGAAUUCUCCAGACAUUUUGUAUGUACAUGUAUAUUCAAUUAUUUGGUGGUGAUGGCACAAAUACAUGCAUAUCCAACAUUAAUAUAUCGAUGAUACAAUUCUCCCACAAUUGGUAUAACCAUCUUCAAAACCUUAUAUUAUGCCAUACGGAUUUGGAAAUCAUAAAUCGACAUAAUCAGUUGUGUAUUUGUUCUUAUUUUCGCGGCAUUCAUGUUUUAGCGCCUUUAAUUUUUGGUUAAGCAAAAACACCAAUUUAUGGUUCCGCUUAAAUAUGAUCAUCCCUAUUUAUCCAUUAUCACGCACAGAUGAAGUGAUAGAUCCUGAUUAUGCCAAAACGUGCGAUUGUUUCAGCUCCAAUUAUGCCAAAUUCUUAAUGCAUAUAUGCACGAUAAAAUGAAUUCACAUGCUGUACAUUUUUGGUAUGGUAUUUUUCAGAAAGCAUACCUUUCAUACACACAAAGCUCAAUUUAAAAACUGAUUGGUUUAGGUUCUGAGAUUUUGAGUUAAGAAGAUCAUUCAAUGCAAUAUUUUAUCUAAAACUAUUUCAUUGAUAGAUGUACAUAAAAUCUCAGAAGUUUAAACCAAGUUGUAUUGUCUAGUUGAACUUGGUAGAGCGCUUUCGUCUGUUUUCAAAGAUUCCAGAAUGGUUGGUUUUUGGCAAUGUCUUGUAAAAAUGAUAAAUAUAUUAUACAUGUACCUUGUAUUAAAUAUUUACAGACUUAACAUUGAUGCUGUAUAUUACUCUCACAUAAAAUAUUUUUAGAUACAGGUACAGAAUUUCAAUUACUUAUUGAAACCACCAAUGUUUCAUAUGUACUUCUUUUUAUUUCUUUUACGUCCCUUCCAGAAUACUUCUUUGAGACGUCACUAUCUUAUACUAAAUUAGCGUGUCCAGAGGGAGGUGCCUGUGGAUUGGAAUUCCCCUUCUUCGGUGCUUUGUAACAAAAUAGCCUAUAGACACUUGAUUAUUAUAUAAUUAGUGACAAAGAAUUUAUUCUAAAUGGAUCUUUGAUUGUGAAGAUUUUCUUAUCUUUAAAAACCUUAUUGACUCUAAAGAGUGAAGUUUUAAAAGUGAAUAUUGUGUAUUAUGGUUUAUUUUACCUGGUUGUUAUAAUCAGGUCGACUGACCGUGAGAGAGAGAACGUGUAAAGUGAGGAAAAGAAGUUUUAAGGACAGAAAGUACACUAUGAGGACAGAAUUCUGUCCUCACAAUUACAUCCCCAUAAACGUUAUCCACAGCAUGUAAAAGAUGUAGAUACAAAAUAUUAGAUUAGUGAAGACAGUGGUAUGGGGACAUGUUCUAACUGAUAUUCUCUCUAUACAUUUAGAAGGCAAUAUUUCUGUCAAAGAGUUGUUUAAAGUUUGUUUUGAAACAAGUAUUGAUACCCAAGUUCAGUGGUUGCAGUACCGAAUUCUUUACACGCUACUUCCUACGAAAUAUUACAUCAAGAAAAUCAGUAUAAUUUCAGAUGACUGUUGUUCAUUUAGUAAAGAAAAUGUAGAAACAAUACAACAUAUGUUUAUAUCUUGUUCUGAUACUCUAUCACUUUGGAAUAAUCUUAGCAUAAAAAGAAUUGGUUUUAAUGUUACUAAUGUUAUUUUUGGUGAAACGCCUCUCAGUUUGUGUAAUAGAGUUGUUAAUUUCAUAAUUCUGUAUACCAAACAAUAUAUUUUCAAUUGUACAAAACAAAAUUCCUGAUAUUACUGGGCUGAUGCAUUAUCUUUCUUUCAAAUACAAAGUUGAAAAAUUUGUAGCAACUAAAUCAUGUGAAGUUUUGAAAUUUAAAAGACUUUGGGAAAACUGGAAAAUUAUUUUUGAUCUGUAACCUAGAAUAAGAAGUAUUCAACCAAUAAUGCUGAAUUAGUAGUGUGGAAGAGUGUGAGAAUGUAUAAAAUGAUUAAUAGCGAGCGAAGCUCGCGUCGCGACGAGCUCGCUCCGAUGAUUACACAUAUGAGUCACGUGAUUUGCUCUUCAUCAGCUGAAAAAAGAUGAGUAUUACCCAUAAUGCCUCUGGAAAAAUGUCGCCGUCACUGCGGUAUACCGGUACUUCAUUGACAUUUUAUUGAAAUUAAAAAGGUCCAUCGAAAUGAUCAUUCUACAAUGUACUUUAAAUUUUGGUAGUAAAAUUAACUUCGCGGAGAUUGUUGGUAUCCCUACAUUAAUCUCUUCAUUAUUAUUGACCACUAAGGAUCGGACAAUAAUUGGACUUUUAUGAUACAGUACUGGGAGAUGGGCUGGACAGACUAGGAUACUUAUCCAUCUGUCAACCUGCCAUCUUGUAGCAUCAAUGGAGACGAGUGUUUGGAGUCAUGUACGAUACAUUUUCACCACUAAUGAACAUUAGUUUUACUUUUGAUAUUUUUCUCUCCCAAAUGCAUAUCUACCUGGGGAACCCGGGAAAGCAUCACUUCCGAUAAAAUCUGACAAAAAUCUGUUUGUAACUAUCUGACUUCCUCGAACUUGGGUGUUUGAACUAUUGUAUUUUUAUUUCAUUAGACUUGUAUUUAAUUUUCUACCUAAUAAAACAGUAUGCGAUC